AUGCAGACUGCUGCGGAGGACUGCGGCCUGCUGGCCGUCGACUGCGUGGUGGUAUGCUGCUGCUGCCCCUGCUUGCUCCUCCGAGUUACGCUCUUCCUUUUCAUCAGAUUACCGGUGAAGUCGACGAGAAUUGUUCUCCGGCGGAUCAGGAAAAGGCUGAAGAAGAAUGGCAGGAGCAGGCAGGAGAUGGACGGGAAAGCAGCAGCAGUUGACGGAGCUCAAGGACACCUCUGCGAUCUCUGCGAGGGGAGCUCUUUUGCGGAUGAAGCUGAGAAGGUGCUGCAGGGACUGCUGGUGGAUGAUGAAGGUAGAGUGUGGGUGGAAUCAGAGAAGGUGUGGGAGGAGUUGAUAGGGGAUGAAGGACUGUUUUGGUUUGGCAGCUUCUGGGGCUGUGACGCUUCACGCGCGUCGUCAGUAGUUCCCAACUUGUAA